UCCGGUUCGGCGAGUGGUUAAAACUAUACACCCACCGUAGUCCAUAACCCACCUGAUCCCCACCCACCACCUCCCCUCUUUCACUUUACCAAUCGAUAAACCUUUCUCCGGUCACAUUCCACGGAUCCCCCAUUUUUUUUUUCUUUAAAAAAACGGGGGAAAAUGUCUUCGUGGCUUGCCCGUUCCCUGAAAAACUCUCUCCGCCUCGACGACGACGGAGACGACCAAAUCGCCGCCGCACCGGAUUCACCAACCGGGACCCACCCGCAACACCAACAACAGAUUCAACCACCGCAAGAGAAUGAUAAUAAUAAUGCAGUUAGAUCAGAAGAAGAUGAAGAAGAAGAAGAAGACGAUGAAACGCAUGGGCGUGGUGGUGUUAAAGAGGACCUCGACGAGAUCAAGCAAACCCUAACCCGUCAAUUCUGGGGAAUGGCCUCCUUCCUCGCCCCGCCGCCACCACCACCUUCCCAAUCCGAUCGCGCCGCACCUUUCUUUUCCGAUCACUCUCUUUCCGGCGGUGCAAACGAAGAACAACAAUUGGAUCAUGGAGGUAAUCGUAAUCCUGAUGAUGAUGAUGAUGAUGAGGAGGAGGAGGAGGAGGAGGAGGAUGCGAAUUCUGAUCAAUCUUCGGUGGUGGAACGAGGAGACGAUGACCUCCGCACGGAUGAUCCUGACCGGAAUUCGAUUCCGUCCGGAUCCGAUUCGGAAGGGAACCAGGAACCGGAAAUUGACAUCGAAAACGCGGUUGGAAUCACGGAGGAGGUGUUGACUUUCGCUAUGAAUAUCGCUAUGCAUCCUGAGACGUGGUUGGAUUUUCCAAUUGAUGAGGAAGAAGACACCGACGAUUUCGACAUGUCCGAAGCCCAACAAGAGCAUGCUGCGGUUAUUGAAAGGCUUGCUCCGAGAUUAGCUGCGCUCAGGAUUGAACUGUGUCCUUGCCAUAUGAGUGAGGGUUACUUCUGGAAAGUCUAUUUCGUGCUCUUGCAUUCAAGGCUUAAUAAACAAGAUACUGACAUUUUGUCUACACCCCAGGUCAGGGAAGCCAGAGCAAUGUGGAUGAAGGAAUUGCAUAAACAAAUGAAGCCAGAAUUUGAAAUUUUUGGAAGAAAUUCUUUCUACUUGAAGGACAGUGUUCAACCUGAUGAUUUUUCUCCUAGAUUAGUAGAUGACACCUGUUCUGAUGACACGCCUCAUCGGACUUAUGGAUCUGAAACAACAACUUCUUCGUCCAUGAUGGCAGAUAACGAGAUUGAGAAAUAUCCGGUUGAAAGUUCUGGAACACAUUUCAUCGAUAAAUCAGUUACUGAGGAAAAUAUUGUUAAAACUGAAAACAAGGAUCUAAGAAGUGGUGGGCCAUCUCAUAUGAUUAUUCAGGACUAUGGUGGUGAUGAUGACAACGAAUGGCCAGAGGAAGAUUCUGAUUUAGGAGGAUAUGUUGGAACCAGUCUCCCCUUGUUGAAUGAAGAAGACAUAUCUUUCAGUGAUCUCGAGGAUGAUGAUUAUGAUAUUAAACAUGUUAGUUCCAAUACAGGUUCAAAGCUGGUAUGAACUUCAAUCUAGAUGACACGAUUAUGGUGAUUUUCGGGGCAUUAAAUCCUCACUCUGAACUACGAACCUGAUGUUUGGAAAAAACAAACAAGGAUAAUUGGGGUCUGGCUUCUGGAGCAUUUUUUCUGUACAUAAUGAAAUGUUGAACGAAGUUGUGAAAAUGCCAUGAUGCUAUUUGAGGCUGUAUAACGAACUUCUUCAUCUCUUCUCAAGAUUAGGUGGGUUCUGAGGUGAUGUUGUCUUCAGAAAUAACUCAAAUGAAAAGGAAAGAGUGGAGCUAAGACAGCUAUUUGAUGUUUUGAUCCGUAUUUUUCAGGGAUCCCAUACGAGAACGUGGGAUGAAAUUAUAUGCUUAAAUCUCAGGUUGAGCUCUGUUUCAGAAGAUAUGUCAUAUAGGGGGAACAAGUGCAAGUGUAUAUAAACUAUUAAAAUGUCUUGUUUGUCGUCAAAAUAUAGAUUUUGAAUUUUCUCAGGAUUCUUGAGGUGGAUGUACUAGUGGGUUUGGGGUGCUCCAAUUUUAUUCUUUUUUGGUGUUGGCCUCCUGAUUGCCUUGUUGUCAAACUGUGUUUGAAAACAAUGACUAGAUUAUUUCAUUUAUUUGGAUUGUGAUCGACUGAUAUUCCUGUCAGUAUAAACAUCUUCACCAUUA